UCGAUUGUUUGUACAGUGAUUUAAAGUGUUUUACAGUAUCAUUAAUUUAGUAUUAAUAAUCCUACAAUGUAUUCUCUUGUUGAAAGUCUACAUUACUAGCUUUCGUAUAUAUGAAUAGCUUAAAGUGAAAAUUGACAUUCUUGAAUAUUAAACUUAUAUGUGAGAUCAUAACCUGAAGAACUGGAAAGGACGAUAUUAUUUUCAUUUUUACGCCAUAAAUCCGCAUUUUUGUUAGUUUAUAGUGAAAAAAUGGUGUGUUAGAUGUGACAAAAAUAUGUUCGAGUAGAAUAAAUAUACAAAGAGAGGCGGAAAAAUGUCCUGGACAAAGUAUCGUGAAAGGCGUCAAAGUCAAUCAUCAGAGGUGUCUCUAAACGACAGUAAAGAUUCGAGUAUAAGUGAUGAAAACAAUUCAGGGGAAAAUGUUCGAGGACACAGAUCUCGGAAUUCGAAUAAUGGAAGGUGGUUAGAUGAUCCGGAACUCCUUGGAAGGCGUGCAGAAAGAAAAACUACAAAUUGCGUGCCAUUUUUAGUUGAUUUGAUACACUCACGAGAUCAGAGUCCUGUCGUAAGGGAUGGAGCCUCUGGUGCUCUACGUGAAAUUAUAGAGUCCUUAGACGAUAAAAAGGGACGAGAACAACACGUUCUGGAAUUGCUCGAAGAGUUGAGGGACUACUGCGAAAUGUUAAAAAUGGUUGUUAAUGCUGGGUUUGUUCCAGAAAAUCCGAAAAAACAUCCAAACUCGACAAUGACAACCGUGAUGAAGCUGUCCUUUCACGAAAACUAUCACCGCACAAUUUGCUACCUGGGAGGAUUACAAACAAUAGCAGAACUCAUAGAAUGCGAACACGCAGCUCAUGGUUCGGAAACUAACGAACGAGACUGUAUUGCCCUACGAAGAGAUUCAGGCAUGACUCUAGCAAGUCUGAUCAUCGGUGACAGUACCAACAAAGUCCUACUCUGCUCUUUCCGAGACUUCUUAAAAGUCUGGGUGAAACAACUGUUCAGUUCCUGUGAAGAGUUGCGUCAAGUGACAGCCAGUGUCUUUUCCAAUUUAUCCUGGAGAGCAGAAAACGAGAGCAAGCAAGCUUUGAGAGAGGCCGGAGUGGUCGGUGGAAUGAUGAAAGCCGCCAUGCUUUGCAGGAAAGAAAAUUGUUUGAAAAUAAUACUUUCUGCUCUCUGGAAUCUCUCCGCUCAUUGUGCAGCCAAUAAAGCCGAAAUAUGUGCAGUUGAAGGCGCUCUCUCCUUUCUGGUGAACACUUUAUGUUAUGAAUCACCAUCGAAAGGUCUCGCAAUAGCAGAAAAUGCUGGCGGGAUAAUUAGAAAUGUUUCGAGUCAUAUUGCAGUUCGGGAGGAUUACAGGGCUAUUUUGAGACAGAAAGACUGUAUACAGAUUCUCAUCAGGCAUCUCAAAUCUCCGAGUUUGACUGUGAUUAGCAAUGCGUGUGGAACUUUGUGGAAUUUGUCGGCCUGGUGUCCUCAGGAUCAAAAAACUUUAUGGGAGUUGGGCGCUAUUCCCUUGUUGAGGAAUUUAGCGAGCUCCAAACACAAGAUGAUUUCUACGGGGGCGAGUGCGGCGCUUAGGAAUUUACUGACAGCGAAGGGGGCUAAUGGAAGUGUUAGUCAGGAAAACAGAGUUCGAAAAGUACAGCCACCAGAGGAAGAUAAUUCAUCAAUGGUCUCUCGUAAAAGAGAAUCUCUCGGCAGUCGUGCACAGGUCGAACUAGACGUAUCUAAAGGAUGUUGCGUCAAAAAGAAUCUCUUCGCUGAAUCUAUGUACCGCUAUGAACGAGGAUUCGUCCCAAUCGAUUCAAGAUCAACUUACUCCUCCCAAGAUCGUACCGUAAUUAAGCAGCGAUCAAUUCCCACAGCGUACAUUUCAUCUGAACCCGGCAAAAAGCUCAAAUUCUGCAUAAGAUUGACGAGCGAAACUUAUGAGUACAGUGAAACUAAAGAGAGUUUCCGAUCUUCAACCGAUGUUCCUUGGAAUUCUCCACCAGAUCUGCCAAGUUUUACUCAACCUCGGGUUUGUUCUCCAGUCGAGGAAAAUCACGACGAAGCAUCCGCUUGUGCUGAAGAAUCGAAUUCCUCUUUUGAGAAACCCUAUGAAAAUUUCAUAAACCGUUCACCAUCCGAUUCGACCUGUGAUGAGGACAUCAACGACCAGCCUGUCGAUUACAGUAAAAAAUACUCCGAGAGAAAUCCCUCUCAAAAUAAUCAUCUCGAGUCUCAGGACGAGAGAUCUUCAAAGAAAGAGUUCUCUGAUCAUGAUCAUGAAGAUAAAGUCGAUAUUUUUGGGGAUUAUGUUGAGACGGACUUGGAUCAACCGACUGACUACAGUUUGCGAUAUGCUGAGGAUGAUACCGACGAAGAUGAUAAGAGCAAUCCUGAAUAUUUCCCGAGAAACGAGCAAGAAGAUACUGUUAAAACUUAUUGCACAGAAGGAACUCCUUAUCAGACUCCUUUCAAUUUUUCAACAGCGACUUCCAUGUCGGAUUUGAGAGUCGAGGAUCCUAAGGAGGGAGAAGUUUUCAAGAAAUUCCCGAAGAAGAUGGAUCUGAGGAGUAAGAAUUCGGAUCCUGUUUCCAAAGAUCUGCAGUUUGAUGAGUCGAAAGAGACCGAAGAGGACGAGCGUCUCUUGAGAACUGAUGUUAAUUUAACAGAAAAGCCGGUCAGUUACUGUGUUGAAGGAACGCCCGGUUGUUUUUCAAGAGUCAGUUCUCUCAGUUCUUUGGGAAGUGCCUUGAUUACACAAAAUGUGAGUAUAGAGGUUGUUUCAGAAGAGGUAGGAGCGGAUUUGGAUUGUCAUCCUUUGGAGAGGGAAGGAACGAGUGUGGAGGAAAGUAAUCAGAAGAGAGGUUCUGCGAGUGAAGAGAGGGAGAAAAACGAGAGUCGAAUUGUUGAUAAAGAAGGAAAAGCGGUGACUUUCAGAAGAGAGGAUCACUGUGCGGAGCAAACACCCUUGAUGUUUUCAAGAUGCAGCUCUUUGGGAUCUCUCAGUGGUUUUGAACAACAUUCCAUUCGAGAUGAUCUCAGUUCCGGCAUCAGUGAUUUUAGCCGAAUGACGAGUGGUGUUGUUUCACCUAGUGAAUUGCCAGAUUCGCCAACGCAAACUGUUCCACCGAGUCCUCGACAUUAUAAGCAUCCAGCUUCCGAAUUCGGAAGAAAAGCUCAAGCCGAGGGGAGACACUCUUAUCAGAAUCAAUCAUUUACUAAAAUGCAAUCAGCAAAAAGAAGUGUCUUUGAGGACGAGAUGUCGGCUUUUAAGGACGAAUCAACGCCUCUUGAAUUCUCAGCAGCCACGAGUCUUAGUUCCUUGACCAUUGACGAUGAACCUAAAUUACCAAGGGACCUACAAUUCAGAUUGAUAGAAAAAAGGCCCAUUGUUCCUGAAAGUGAAGAAUCAGAAAAUUCGGUUCCACAGUCUGGAAAUGGUCAUCUUUCUGACGUAGAAAGAGAAGAUAUUGAUGAUCUUCAUCAAAGUAAUGAAGAUCCAGAAACCGAGAGAUAUUCGCACACAUCAAAUCCUCAGAAAUCGAUCACAUUUUCCCAGCCUUCUAAUCUGAGGAGGUUUGAAACGAGUUUUACGUUGGACAGACUGGACCCUGCGGCUGUAAGUGCAAGAGUUGGUCUUAUUUCUGCUUCCGAUUCGGUUCAUGUUUAUUGCACCGAGGAUACACCAGAUGGAUCGAUUUCGAAUUUGUCUGCGCUUUCGAUGCCGAGUAUUCCGGACGACAAUGAAAAUAUUGAUAAUAAUAAGUUGCUGGAUCUGUCAAGAUUCAAAUCAUCCGACGAGGGUUCGAAUUCUUCUGGGGAUAAUGAAAUUUUGGAAGAGCGCGUCGAAUCUGAAAACACCAAGGAUCAAAGGAAUCCUCAAUCGCCGAGGGAUUUGAGACAGAAUACGUCGCUUGAUGUUCCUUCUGAUGAUAGUGUUAGUCUCACAGAAGAAGAAAAUAAUAAACUGGAUCAGUUGAUCGAAUCCGCAAUGCCAAAAAGGUGCUUAAAUGACACAACUUCUCCUACAACUUCCGAACUAAAUCUGAAAAGACUAUCUCCUGCUCCUUCGGAAGGUGAAAAUAGUUUCUCGGAAGAGGAGAGUAAUAAAGAAAAUCAAUUGAUCGAGUCUUCAUCUGUGCCAACUUCACCUAAAGGUUCACAGAAAAAUCGUUCAUGCUCAUCGUCACAAAAGGAUUGUAAAAUUGAAAGUCCUUCGCCCGUGCCGUCUGAAGAGGAGCUGAAAGUUUAUUCAUUGAUGGAAUCCGAAAUGGAAGGAAUUCCACUAAAUGUCCCUUCAUCAACUCCGAAUUCUCCAAAUUCUCCAAGAUCUCCUUCGCCGGAGAAUAUUACUGCAUUUUAUAGAACAAAUCCUUGUGGAAGGUCUUCGACGCCAACCACCUUGGUUCAAAAAACUAGCAAAGAUAGUCCAUCGCCUGUUCAAUCGCCGAUUCCAUCGCCCGUUCCAUCCGAAGAUAGGGUCAGUCUCACAGAAGAAGAAAAUAUUAAACUCGAUCAGUUGAUUGAAUCUGCUAUGCCGAAGAGACAAAACGCACUGUCUCCUUCUCCUACAGCCUCGCCAGAAUUACUGGUAAACAAAUCAAAUUAUAAUUCUCCUUCGAGAAGGCUUCAUUCUUCAAGUCAGUCUGAAAUUUUAAGCAGAGAUUUGAACAACGAUUUUACUGAAGAGGAAAACCGAAUUGACCAGCUGUCUGAAUCUGGAAUGCCAAAAAAACGAUUGAGUGUCUCGUCGAGAUCUUCGCCAGUAAAUAUUCGUGGUAGAUCAGAUUCUUACAGCGAUGCCCCACUUCCUCCUUUGCGUCAGCAAUCUUUUGAGUCAAGAGUAACCCGGGAAACAGUGAGUGAUUUCGCAUUUUCGCAGGAGGAAAAUUUGAGGCUUGAACAGUUGAUUCAAUUAGGCAAGAAACCAGCGAACCACUCUGUGAAAUCCUCUCCGAUAAAAGUGCAGGACAAUCGACCGAACAAGAAUUCUUACAUUCGUCCGACCUGCAACAACAAUUCGAUGCGGCAGAAUUUUUUUAGAUCCGAUAGAAUAAACCCGGAACCGGAAUAUGACACUGUCAGUAUGACGGAAGAAGAUAAUUUUAAAUUGGACCAGUUGAUAGAAUCUGCAAUGCCUAAGAAACAAACUCAAUCUUUUCAUCGAAAUUCGCCAGGAAGAGUUUUAGAAAACAUUCCUUCGAAUCGGAUGCUUCCUUAUGGUUGUUCGUCGCCCCCUUCAUCGCCCCAACAAAAUACAAUUAGAACAGGAAGAAUAAAAUCAGAGCAAAAUGAAAAUAGGCACAGUUUGACAAUGGAAGAAAAUCUAAGGUUGGAUCAGUUAAUCGAGUCUGCUAUGCCCAAGAAAAGAGUCAACUCGUCGCCGAAGCCAACUUCUUCAAAAGUUCCCGUCGACACCAUUUCUCACAGAUCGAAUACUUGUAUUCGCUCCUCAAAUCCUUCUUUACGACGACAUUCAUACGGAAAUGUCGGAAAAUGGAAGUAUUACAAAAGAUUAGGAUUCUCGCGAAUUUUGCGAUUCAUCAGAGAAAAUUAUCCCUGAUAAUUACUCAAUCCUUUAAAAAAUCUCGGUCUGUGCACCUGUAAAAAAGCACUAAUUGCGGCCAGUGCAAUCUUAGUUUCUACUUUUUACGAAACCAACGAGCUUAUACGAAACACCUUCUUAUGAAAGUUAAGACGGUUAAAUAAUCUGAAGAAUGAAAAUAAUGAUUCAAGGAUAAGAAUUUCGAGUAACUCAAAGACUGACAGAGAAAAUAACCCACAUUAAAAAAAUACUCUUUUGAUGAAAGUAAUAUUUCGGUAAUGCUUCUAUUAUCUAUAUUUUUGUUAUUUAGACUUUAGGAAAUAAUUGUUCUAAUCAAGGAAAACUUUGACAGUAAGCUUUACAAUUUCGCAAUUUUCUUCGGGGCUUUGGAGCUCUAAAUAAUCGAUGUGAUGUCUUUUCUCUUGCGCAAGAGAAAAUUAAUUUUAGCUUUCAGAUUUUACCGCAGAAUGCGGAAAAUCUUUACCACUUGAAGCUCAAAAAAGAUUAAGGGAUAAUAAGUAUGAACCUCUAGAGAUUUAUAGAUUCUUCUUUAGUUUCUCUGAAUUACUUUUCAUUUUUUUUUAUAAAAUUCAUGGAUCAAUUGUAAGGUAGAAUUAAGUUUAAAUAUUUAAUUUUGAUUAGUUUAAAAUUACCAGUGGCAGUGAACAAUUGAAUUUAAUGGUAUGUUGUUAAAAUAUUAAUCUCCGACUCGACGGAUUCUCAAAAUUGUUAGUAUAUUUAUAGAUUUAUGUUUUACUAUUUAGGGAAUGUAAAUAACUUUAUUUUCUAGAUUCCCUCGUCAUUUUUAAAAUAGUGAUGUAAUAUUUACUCGAUCCAUACUUUACCACCAUUUUUUUUUGGCAACAACUUUAACGUCCAGACGAAUUGAGAAAUCUAGUUAAAAAUUGGGAAACCUACAUUUUUGUAAUUACAAACAAAAUUGUUUCCCAAAUUUUUUUACAUUAUUAGCGUAGCUGCUAAACCGGGAAACUGAGAAAACCAGAAAAUGACAGGGAAUUUGAUAAAGUUUUAGAGGAAAUACAGAGGAAUUUUUUCGAAGGCGUGCCUAAUUUUUUGUUAACUUGAAUAACAAUGAUUCUUCAUUUGUAAAAGUAGCUUCAUACUACUUUAUUUACCUAUUUUUUUGAAAAUU